AUGCCUUCAACAUCAAGUAAAAGAAAAACAGAAGAUGAAAGUUUAGAAGUUAAAGUUGAACAAUCAAGUUCAAAAAAAUUAAAAAUGAGUAAACGUGACGAAUCAUCAGACGAAUCAUCAUCAUCAGACUCAGAAGUUGAAUCAAAAUCAAAAUCAAUUAAAAAGUCCAGUAAAUCUGAAGAAAAGAAAUCUGAAAAGAAAUCAUCAUCAUCAAAAGAGGAUAAAGAAGAAGAAGUUAAAGAAGAAACCAAAGAAGAUAUUGUUUUAAGUCCAACUGAAUGGAGAAAGAAACAUAAUGUUUUAAUUGAGGGUAAAUCACAACCAAACCCAUUCCAAAAGUUUACAGAUUAUGAAUUCCCACGAAUGUUUCAACAUAUUUUCCAAGGAUUUACAGCACCAACUGUUAUUCAAGGUCAAAGUUGGCCAAUUAUUUUAGGAGGUAAUGAUUUGGUUGGUUUAGCAGCAACUGGUUCAGGUAAAACAUUGGCAUUCUUAUUACCAGCAUUAUUAAAGAUCAUUUCACUUCCAAAACGUCCAUCCUACGGUGCCACCCCAUUGGUACUCGUUAUGGCACCAACUAGAGAGUUGGCACAACAAAUCGAAGAAGUCUGUAAAACAUCAAUUCGUGGUACUUCAAUUCGUCAACUUUGCGCCUAUGGUGGUUUAGGUAAAAUCGAUCAAUCCAGAAUCUUACGUAAUGGUGUAGACAUUGUCAUCGGUACACCAGGUCGUCUCAAUGAUCUCUUGAGAAAACAUCAUUUAUCAUCUGUUCAAUAUUUAGUUCUCGAUGAAGCCGAUCGUAUGUUGGAUAUGGGUUUCAUGCCUCAAAUUGAAUCACUCAUUGAUCAAAUUCCAAAAGAACGUCAAACACUCAUGUUUUCUGCAACUUGGCCAAAAGAAGUCAAAUUACUCGCUUCAAAAUUCUUAAAAGAUCCAAUUAAAAUCACCGUUGGUAGUCAAGAAUUAACUGGUUCAAUCAAUGUAACUCAACAUAUUGUCAAUAUUGAUGAUUUAUCCGAUCUCCAAUCUGAUGAUCUCAUUUAUGAUGAAAUUAAUAAAAUUCUCACCGCUGAUCCAACAAAUACUGUCAUUGUUUUCUGUAAUGAAAAAUAUAAAUGUGAUGAUUUCCAACAUUAUUUAUCAACUCAAAAAAAUGUUAAAUCAAUUGUUUUACAUAGUGGAAAAGAUCAACGUAUGCGUGAAUCUGGUCUUAAACUUUUUAGAGAUCAUAGAAUUCGUAUUUUAAUUGCAACAGAUGUUGCUGCUCGUGGUCUUGAUAUUCCAUCAGUUAAAGCUGUAUUCAAUUAUCGUUUACCAGGUAACAUUGAAGAUUACGUACAUCGUAUUGGUAGAACUGGAAGAGCUGGAAAGACCGGUGACGCUUGGUCUUAUGUUACUACCCAAACACCAAACCUCCGUGAUUUAGUUAAAAUUUUACAAAGAACCAAUCAAAAGAUCCCAGAUUUCUUAGAGAAAUUCGCUGUUCACUCAAGACAAGGUAUCUCUAGAUAUGGUGGUGGUGGUCGUGGUGGUAGAGGUGGUGGCCGUAGCUGGGGUAAUAACAGAAAUGGUGGUGGUGGCGGCGGUGGUAGCUGGGGUAAUAGAAAUGGUGGUGGCGGUGGUGGUAACUGGGGUAAUAAUAGAAAUGGUGGUGGCGGCGGUGGUAGCUGGGGUAAUAGAAAUGGUGGUGGUGGUGGUUAUGGUAAUAAUGGUGGUAGUAAUUGGGGUAGUGGAAAUGGUGGAAGUGAAGGUUCAUGGUAA